AAUCUCAGACAGAAAACUGGAGCAGUUCCAUGUGUCCGUGCGCAUCGCAGCCUCCAGCAAAGUGACUUUUGAGCUGACAUAUGAGGAGAUGCUGAAGCGGCAGCUGGGGAACUAUGAGCUGCUGACCAAGGUCCGGCCCAAGCAGCUGGUUAAGCACUUCCAGAUCGAUGUGCACAUCUUUGAGCCCCAAGGCAUUCGCUUCUUGGAGACACACAGCACGUUCAUGACAAACGAAUUGACAGAGGCACUCACAAAAGUGCAGAGCAAAACCAAGGCUCAUAUUUUAUUCAAGCCAACAGUAGAUCAACAGAAGGCAAAUCCUGAACUCAGUGAAACUCUCCUCAAUGGAGAUUUUGUUGUGCGUUAUGAUGUUAACAGAGAAGCCACUGCAGGUGAUAUACAGAUUGUCAAUGGAUAUUUUGUGCAUUACUUUGCACCCCACGAGAUGCCAGUGUUUCCCAAAAAUAUUGUCUUUGUUAUAGACCGAAGUGGCUCCAUGGGAGGCACAAAAAUCAGCCAGACGAGGGAUGCCCUGCUGAAGAUUUUGCAAGACCUUCACCCUCAAGAUCACUUCAACUUUAUCACCUUCACCAGCAGAGUGGCCCAGUGGAAGAGCUCUUUGCUGCCAGCCACUGCAGAGAACGUGGCCAGUGCUGCAGCAUUUGUGCAGACUCUUUCUGCUAGGGGAGACACAGACAUCAAUCGUGCCCUGCUGACUGCUGUGCGCAUGCUGGGGAGAGCCGAGAGCCGAGAGCGGAGCGUGUCCAUGAUUAUUUUGCUGACAGAUGGCGAGCCCACUUCUGGUGAGACAAAAGUGGAAGUCAUUCAAGAAAACAUCCAGAAAGAAAUCAAUGGGAAAUACGCUCUUUUCUGCCUUGGCUUUGGGUUUGAUGUCAGUUAUAAAUUCCUGGAGAAAAUGGCCCUAAGCAACGGGGGAAUAGCGCGUCGUAUAUAUGAAAACGCUGACGCAGCCUUGCAGCUCCAGGGCUUUUAUGAAGAGGUGGCUACCCCAAUAUUGACGAAAAUUGAAAUGCAGUAUCCAGAAAAUGCUGUUGAGGGUUUAACCAAGAACAAUUUCCCACUGUUUUUUGAAGGAUCAGAAAUUAUAGUGUCUGGAAAAAUUAGCAAUGAGUUGGAUCUUUUGCCAGUAGAAAUUAAAGCUGAGUCACACACCAGUGACUUGACUCUUAAAGAAGAAGCAAAUGUCAAAGAGAAGGAGCAAGUAUUCCAAAACCAAACAUACAUCUUUGGAAAUUUCAUAGAGAGACUGUGGGCUUACUUAACCAUUCAGCAGCUUCUGGAAAAAGCUAUUUCAGCCCAAGAAGAGGACCAGAAGACUCUGGAGUCACAAGCCUUGGAGCUGUCUCUGCAGUACAGCUUUGUUACACCCCUCACUUCCAUGGUGGUCACCAAACCCAGUGACCAGGAGCAGGCAGAGCUGGCAAACAAACCCACUGAGUCUGACAAUGAGAAGCCCAGAAGACCUCCAGUACCAGGCAAUGAAAAUUCACAGCUUCUCUUGCAUUUACCCAAAAAAAAGGAAAGAAUCUGUUUAAAUAUUGACAGAAAAGGACAACCCUCUGUCCACCUGCUGUCAGAUCCAGAGCAAGGGCUCACUGUGAUGGGAAAACUUGGAGACAGAACAAAUCACUUUGUGCAGUUUGACAUUAACUAUGUGAAUCCUCCUGUGCAAAUCCACGUCUCCACGGCUGAGAUCGUUGUGAGCCACAAUAACAGGAGCACUCGGCUCUCAUGGAUGAAGUCAGCCACCUCCACCAUCCAGGGGCUCAGAGUCUCCAUGGAAAAGGAAAGGCAUGUUACAGCAUCCCUGCCUGCUACGGUCACAGUGAAAGUCACCUUUGCCAGGUCUCCAGAUUAUUUCCUUGGGCUGUACUUCUUGCACACCAACCAUUUUUCUGACAAAGUCAGUGGAGUUCUGGGUCAGUUUUAUUCAAAAGGACAAUUUGGCAAUAAUUCCAACAUCAAGCAGAGAGCUGACGAAAGGCUCCUAAGCGUGACUGGAGCUGAGCACAGAUCUUCCAGGUUACACAAGGAAGAUGACAUGUUUGAGUCAGCCAGUGACUCUGUUUCCUGCUGGUCAGUAGAUGGCCUAAUUCCCUAG